UGUUUCAUUGUGUUUGUGUGCUGCCGCGUCGCGGUGUUGUGCGUGUUUUGUACCUACAAGUCACUCGAAUACCGGUGUUUACAUUAAAUUAAGGCGAAAAUCAUGCGUUUUAACAUGAUUUAUGUGUGUUUAUAACUAAAAAUGUUAUCGAAUAAUCAGUUUUGACUGUAAAUUAUAAAUUUUAAGUGAGGCAAGUGCAAAAAUGCGUGCGUUUCAACAUUCGCUUUUAUGCCUGCUUCUAGUGCUUUUGUCCGGUUUAGACCUCGCCAUUGGAUCGGAAGAGAUUGACCGUCAUCCGGCACACAGGGUUCGUUCACACAAAACUGGGAGGAGAUAUCGAGCUGUCAACGAUGGCAAGCUGCGCUUUGAGCCGGAACCGUACAGCAAGAAGCUGGAACUCAACAGCACCGGCAAGAUACAUUGCAAAGUCGCAGGCGGUGUGGCGCCCACUGUACAAUGGUAUUUGAACGAGGAAGACCCUCUGCCGGAAGGUGUGACGUCCACCAAGGGUACACUGCUAGUGUCCUCGGCGUCACGCGGCCACGCCGGACGGUACACGUGUCGCGCCUCAGACGGGAACCACACAAUAUCAUCUGAGAUCACGCUGGAUAUUGUCGUGUCGCCGAGAAUCUUGGAGCCGUUGCCCGACGAAGAGAGGACAGUUGUGGUCGGGGAGACAGUUGUACUGAACUGCCGGGCUGUGGGCGAACCCCAGCCUACCACGCAAUGGGAUAGAAACAGGACUCAAUUGACGCUGCAACCUGGAGUGGACGUUGAAGGCAGCCCCAACGCAUCUUCGGCGAGACUGGUGUUGCUGAGCAACGGGUCGCUGGUGAUCCGCGCGGCGGCGGCGCCGGACGCGGGCCGCUACGGCUGCCUGGCCGGCAGCGCCGCCGGGCUCGCGCGCACUGAGCUCCUGCUCAGCGUCUUCAGGGAAGGGUCGUUGCCCCCCCCAGAGUCUACGGGGGUGGGGGGCAAAGCUGUGGUCGUGUCUAUUUCAGUCGCCGGCGCAUACAUGCUCCUUGUACUGGCGUUGAUGUUCUAUUGCAGGAGAAGGAGAUUGAGAAGGAGACAGAGAGGAGAGAAGAUGGAGUUGGAAAUGGCGGAAGGCAGAGAGAAGUUAGUAGAAGAGGGAGAGGAAGAGAAACAGAAGGUCGGCAACGGCGCGCCGCAGAACGGGAGGUUACUGCAUGCGGAUAGAGACAGCGAUGCUGUGAACUCGGAAGUGUCAGUAAUAUCUCGUGUGUCGAAGAAGUCUGGUCAGUACGACCACCUCACAGUGCCGAGGACUCUGCUCACUAACGCAAUACCACUGGGUCGUGGCGAAUUUGGAGAAGUGCUACUGGCCAAAAUCGAUUUGUAUCAAGUAAAGAAAUUAAAGAACAAAGACUUGCCGGACUCCGAGCCCGACGUCAAACACGUUUUAGUUAAAUCUCUCACUGUUAAGGACGAGUCUCAGCUAGCAGAGUUCCGUCGCCAAUUGGACAUGUUCAGUGUGGUGAGACACGAAAACGUGGCCAAACUCAUCGGCCUCUGCAAUGAAACAAGUCCACACUACAUGCUUCUGGAGCACACUGAUUGGGGGGACCUCAAAAGCUUCCUCGUGGCGACUCGCACGGAGGCCGAGAGCGCGGAGUAUCUGAGCCGCGCCGGGCCCGCGCACCCCCCUCCCGCGUGCCCCGCCCGGCCGCCCGCGCCCCCGCUGUCGCGCCAGCACCGGCUGGUGGUCAGCACGCAGCUGGCGGCGGCGGCCGGGAAGCUGGCGGCCAAGAGAGUCACGCACAGGGACAUCGCCGCCCGCAAUUGUGUGAUCACAUCGUCGCUCCAACUCAAGCUAUCCCUGCCGGCGCUUACCAGAGGCCCUCACUCGUACGAGUAUUACAAACAUCACGAUCAGGUGAUACCGCUGCGCUGGUUGCCCUCGGAGGCCGUGUUGGAGGGGGAAUAUUCCACGAAAUCUGACGUUUAUAUGUUUGCGGCCACGGUUUGGGAGAUUUACACAAAAGCGGAAUUGCCAUUCACAAAACUUAACGACAAUUCAGUGUUGGAGCGGCUCAAGAAUGGUACCUUGGAGUGGAGCGUACCCACCACGGUGCCGGAAACGCUGGCUGCUUUACUUAAACGUUGCUGGAACAAGUCGCCCACAGACCGGCCCCAAUUCACGGAAAUAUGCGAAGAAAUGGUCACCAUUUUGCAGGAAAUGACAUCGGACAAUGUCUCUCGAAAGUCGCACGAUGUCGACAAAGAAGUUGAAAAAUAAUUUUGAAGUUUAUAUUUAAAGGACAUUUAAAUCCCAAAUGAGAUUUAAUUCAAAUGAGGGCGCCACUGGACUAGGCUACAGCCUAUUUAAUUAUAAUAUUAUAAAUGCGAAAGUAAGUUUGUUACCACUUCACGCUCUAUCUACUCAACCAAUCUUCUUGAAAUUUUGCAUACAUGUAGUUUGAAGUACGGAGAAGGAAAUAGAAUACUUUUCAUCCCGGAAAUGGAACUGUUUUCGUGGAAAAUUUACGCUUGCGAAGCCGGAAACAAAAGCUAGUUAGUUGGCUAUAUAAAAAAAAACAUUACUAAUAAUAAAAAAAAAAUGUUUAACUCGCUAUCUCACCUAUCGACCAUGUAUGAAAUGAAUGAAAGUCUAUCGACCAUGACACCGUGGUUAUUUUCACUUUUGAAUCGUCAAUUUCGAUUGACAUUUGAAUCUUUUGAAAUUUUGAUUAGUUGUACAAUUUUCCAAAUAACAAAUUAAUUAUUAAUGAUAUUGCUGUGCUCUUCUUAUGACUGUUGAGUGAAAGAGAUAGAAUGCAUCUGAAUGUUUGGGUUGUACAACUAAACAAACAUACAUACAUUCCAUUGAGGAAAAUAUUAUAAGUCUGAUGCAUUUUUGACAUGAAUGAAUUGGACACCAGUGUUAGCAAAAACAAACUAGAAAAAAUUGACUUAAGAACUCCUUUUUUUUUUUGAACAUACCUGCUUUUGCUCGCGGCUUCGUCCGCGUUAAUUUCCCACAUACCCUAUGGCCUUCUCCAUAUUCCAACUAUAUGUACUCGAAGUUUCAGGAAAAUUAUAUGUUAUAAGGGACGUGAAGAGAUAAAGAAAAAAUAAACUUACUUUCGUAUUUAUAACACGAGUUGAGAAGAUAAGAUUGGUAUUUGAUCGACUUCGUUUACUGAUAAAGUAUCUGAUAGCCUAUAUCUAACAUACCCAACAGAUAGCGUUAAAAAUUGUGUUUCAUAAGUGUUGGACAUAGCUAAUUGGACAAUCACAUUAGGCAGAUUUAUCCAGCAGUUAGUUUUAUCUGUCAGAUUGCAAUAUUAUAUCUAUAUAUACUUAUCAGAAAGUGGUGAAACACUCUGUCGAGAAAAUUAAAAAAACUGUUUUAUUACGAACUACAUUUUUUUUGUCAUUGCAACACCAAAUAGAAUGGUCAAGAUUGGUCGAUAAACAUCCAGUGUUGCCGGCCGACAGGAGACAGCGCCCAUGUUUCGUUUCAUUACUUUCUCGACAGAACAAUUUAAUGUAAUAUUAUAAUUAAUUCGGGCUAAAUAUUGUGGAAUUUUAAACUGCAACUUUCUGUUUUUUUAUUAUUGUCAUUAGUAAUAGUUUUGUCUGUAAGUCGAUAUUAAAAUUAGGAGUAUAUAAGUAUAGUCAGCUAAAUGAUACUGCCAUUUUGUAAAUAGAAUUAGGUUUUAAGACUGAUUAUGAUCGUAAAGUGUAGCAUAAGAAUCUGAUUUAGUUAAAUCUUUCGAUUGCCAUUUUAAAAUAGCUAUACAGUCAUGAUAAAUGAUCUGGGAAAGUAUUAUUUAAAUUAUGAUAAAAAUCGUAUCGAAAUUUGUUUAAUUUUGGUAUUUUUGGGUAAAAUUAUUUAGGCUAUUUGACUGUGUAAAAAAAUGUAUAAAGGUAUUUAAAUAAACAGACAUCAUAAUUAAAUGCCAAUUUAAUUCAUCAGUUUUAUUAAUUACUCGCCUUUGGGCGACUUGAAUAAAAUCUGACACCAGUGUUAGCAAUAACACACUCGAUAUGAUCACGAUUAAUUACUCGAUUUAUUAUUAUUUUUUGUUCUGAUCAAAAUAUGUGGCCGUCCAAAUCAAAAGGGACCUUAUGGCGGCUGGCACUUUGGUCUUUAUUGCCGCUGUUCGAAUACAAAACAACGGCAAUAACGGCGUAAGUGCCGGGCGCCAUAAGGUCCCUUUUGAUUUGGAGCGGCCACAUACUAUAUUAGAGGCAUGAUUUUUUACUCUAAAAUUAUGACGUCACAACUGACCGUCAUACAACCUCCAUAUUUGUUUUUGACAUUAGAAUAGUUAGGUUUUUGAUUUGACUAGUUGUAAAGUAGCCAAAUAAAAAAAAAUAUUUUGCUUUAAAAAUAUUUGUCAGCUUUAGAUAGAAAAGCCAUAGAGGGAGCUAGCACUAAAAUCCAUAGAGUAGUUUGUAGGGUUUUUUAUAUGAUUGAAUAUAGGAAUGUUUUUUUUUAUAAACUCGUCCAAAUUGUUACGUAAUUUUCGCGUCCGGAUCGAAACGAAAUCUUAGUGUAAUUAGAUAUUUUUUAUUCAAAACUUAGUAUAGAUUAUAUUUAACUUGUAAUAGCACCUUACGGUCUCCGUACAUUUUAUUUUUUAUUGAAAAUAAAUUAAAUUCUAUCGUGGCAGUAUAAGUGUUAUGUUAAUAGGGUUUUUUCAAAAUUUUAUGAGCACAUUUGAUUUAUAAAACUGGAUUAAUAGCCAUUGCCAAAGAAAUUUAUAUCAAAAAAUGACAUAACUUUUAUUGGUUAAGUUGUAGUAUGGGAAGUCGUUUCAUGAUAUGGCGGUAAUAAUUUAUUUAAAAACUUGAAACUUUCUCUUUUGCGAAUCAAAAUGGCAGACCUUAAAUAAACCGAAUAUGGCUACAUUAGAUAAGACGAUGAAUUGACACUAGGAAAUCGUAAUUUAUAAAACAAUCGAAAAAUUGGUCGAAAAAUCAUGUACAUUAAUCGAUACCAGAUAAUGCAUUUAUAGAUUUAAAUGUAGAUUAAAUAUAAGCUCACUUAUACCGCAUCGCUCUCGGCAAGAUGACGUUCAUUUGAAAAUGAGCUUUAAGGCGUCCCCUGUAGGCACACUUUACAUUGACAACACGAGAUCUGACAGCGAUCCGUCCGCUAAUUUGUUGUCAAUGUAAAGUGUGCCCUACAGAGCACGCUUUAAAGCUCACUUGAAUGAACGACAUCUUGCCGUACAAGUUCGAUAUAAGACUCAUUUAUUUGUAAAGACUGUUUUUUAUCUAGAAAUAAGGCCGUGUCCGUAAGACUAUAGCUUAUUAUUUGUAAAUAUUCACCUCCCUCGACGCUGGGCGUAUCUCAAAAACGAAGGAAAAUAAAGUUUUUUAAAAAUAAUUUUUAUCUGUAGCAUAUUGAAUAUUUGCAAGAACGUAAUCGUAUCGAGAAAAUUGAUAGUUCAUUUUAAAUAGAAUACAGGUACUGUUUAUUUGUCCAUAUAGAUGUUGUCGCAAAAACUCGUGCUAACCCAAACAGGGGGCCUACCAUAAACUAUUACACAAUGAUUCAAAUGCAGGGCAGUUCAGUUUAGGAACCUAAAAUGAAUCGCGUUAUUUGGUACAAACUAAUCUUAACAAAGUCGCAUUUGAAUAGUGUAUUAGUGAAUGAAAUCAAAAAAGUUAUAAUUGUCUCUGAAUCGUAAACCCCAGUGACAGUAGCCAAAUGUAAGAAAGAGAUAAGCGAUCCAGUUUACGUUCUCAAUGCGCAUCAUGGUACGGAAUUGUAUGCAAAAUGAGUGAAUGAAAUCGAAUUGGCGUAUUGUUUUGGUCACUACCUAUAAUAGAUCGUUAUAUCAUCUUGACGGUACUUGAAUUAGCGAUGCAGAUCAGUUUAGCUCCUGAACUGGAUCGCAUUAAGAGAUGAUGGUAAGCCCCCAGGUGCGUCCCAGCUAUAAAGUCGCAGACGCAGAUAUUCAAGGUGUCAUUUUUUUUUAAUAAUGUAUAUUUAAUAGUCAUAAGUAUUUUGAAAGAGGUUUUGCUUCAAUUUUAAGGAUGUGUUUAAAAAAAAAUUAAGGAUGUGUUUCAAAAAUCUUUUUUGAAAAUAAUUACCGAUAUUACAGUGUCAUUUUGUGCGAAAAAAUGGCAACUGUAGUCGUCCAAUCGAUCUAAACAAUAUCUUAUUUAUUUUUUAAUUCUAUUUAGGACAAAAUAGUUCUUUAAUUAAAUCAAAUAGUUAUAAGACAAAGCGAUCAGUUAAAAACUGAUGAUCUAGUUAGAAUAGUGCCACAUAUUCGUAAUGUUCAAUAUACAUUAGUUAUUAGUUUGAAAAUUGGUGAAAUGUUUGAUGUUCCACGAAAACAGAUACCUUAUGGAGGACAAUCACUUUAUUAUUAUGAGCAUCACUAUCCAUACUAAUAUUAUAAAGAGAAAAAAAUAAUAUUUUUCUUUGUAAUGAAUAAGCUCCAAAACUACUGGGCCGAUUUUGAUGAAAUUUGGCACAGAAAUGGGCGAAACCUUCAGGAGUAAAGGCUACUUCAUUUUAUUGCUUUACCCGAGCGAAGCCAGGGCGAGCGGCUUGUAUAAAACAAUGUCGACCGCCGCGUCUGUUUCUAAGCUUCGUUCUUUUAAAGCACGCAACGGAUUUUCAUUCGGUUUUCACUAUUAUUUAGACAAUCUAUUCAUGAAGGUUUAUAGACCUCGAGCGAAGUCGGGCGGGUCCGCUAGUCUAUAAUAAAAAUGAGCAAGUUAAACAUCAUAAGCAACUUUGUCCAUAAAAAUUGGUCGUUACCUUUUUUCGUGGAGCGUCACUUUUUUGUAACUUUUCAUAUACACUUCCAUAUGCAAUUUUUUCCUUUAAAAAAAAAGAAUCUUCCAACAGCCAUCUUCCAAAAAUAUAAAAUAGAUUGUUUCUGUAUUUGUAUAAUGGAUUUGUGUAUUUUGCCGUAAUAUAAUUAAAUGUGUUACAUUAAACUUUGUAUAAAAGUUUAAUGUCCUGCAUGAUGGAACUACUGGGAAGGACCGAGAAUCGUAACUUAGCACGAAUCAUUAUUUAAAACUAGAGUCCGAUCAACAAAGAAACAAAGAAACGAAAAAACAUAUUAGUGUUAAAAAAAUGCUAAUUUGGUUUCCGAAAAAAAAAAUCAAUUAAACAUAAAAUUACGGUAAAAUAUAUAAAUUAUCAUGAAUUCGUCGAUGUCUAUCACAAGAUACCUAUAGUUUUUUUUUACUACAAUAAUUAUGCAUUUGUGAUAUCGACUGCCUUUUUUUUACUUUUUUAUAAUUGAAUGUAGGUUUUAGAACAUGUAAUCGAAAAGUGCAAGCAUUUGCGAUUUCUUAAUAAAAGUAAUGAUUGAUUAUUAAA